AUGUGCAUUCCACAAGAGAAGUAUUCAAAUAAAACACAACUGAAAAAUACUAGUCCAAAUUAUACGCUAUUCUACAGAAUAUUUCAGUUUAUUGGAUUGUUACUAAUAUGUUCCGUAUACUAUUGGAUUAUUAAUUAUCGGGGUGGAUUUAGUUUAACUAAAGCUAAAUUAAUACCAAACUGGCAUCCAAUAUUCAUGACAAUUGUUUUAAUUUAUUUAUUUGCAAAUGCUAUUCUUCACUAUCGUUCAUUUCGGGAUACAAAACGAAAUUUGAAAAACCAACAUGCAAUUUUUUUCGGUUGCAUAAUAAUCAUCUUAACAGUUGCUGGCAUAGCUACUCUGGGUUCGAAGCGAUUUAGACCUUUAUUUACUAAUCCUGCGAUUCCUAAUUUAUAUACUUUACACAGUUGGUUAGGAAUUAUUACUAUGGCAAUGCUUCUACUUCAGUUUGCAAGUGGAUUAUGGAUUUAUUUAUAUCCCACAGUAGCUGACCAAUAUAGAGAAAUUAUGAUGCCUUAUCACGUUUUCUUCGGGGUAUCGAGCUUUGUAUUAGCAAUUGCAUCUGGUGGAUUAGGAUUCUGUGAAAAAAUGAUUUUUUCAUUGUAUAGAGAAUACGAACAAUUUCCAGCGGAAGGUAUAAUCGGUAACUGUAUAGGUUUAUUAUGUAUUUUGUACGGUAUUUUAGUGGUUUAUAUGGUCACCAAACCAGAAUUCAAGAGAUGUCCUGCACCAGAAUAUCAGCCAUUAAUCUAG